AUGGCGAGAAGGAGUCUUGGCGAAGACACAUUGUCAGUGAUUGAGAACCCGGCGGCUGUCAGCCUUCCUUUUCCUUCAGAGAAAACAGCAGGAGUUGCAGGGACCCGGGGAGUAAGGGGAUGGUUAAAAGGGAUUCACUCUACAAGUCACGCUCACAGGCUGGUGAGGCUGCUGGCAGCAGUGUGUGCAGUUGGACUCCUGGGAGGCUUAGCUGCAGGUGUCUGGUUUUUAGUGAAACUUCUGCUGGGGCCUUCCUUCUCCCAAAGCCCAGUGGGACUUGGGGACACUAAGGAGACGCCGUUCUGCAAUGUGACAGAAGAUAUCUCCAUCUCUGACCCCAGGAAAGUGUUUUACAGAAUCAGCCCAGAGAACUCCCUACUGGAGAUUCAGCUGGGGAAGCUGCCCACCUGGCUGCCAGUGUGCUACGAGAGGUGGAACUCUUCACUGGGAACGCUGGUUUGCAGACAGCUUGGUUCUCUGAGACUGACCAAGCAUAAAGGAGUGAAUCUAACUGAUAUCGGGCCAAACUAUACUGAUGGCUUCAUACAAAUUACCUCAGAACACAGGAGCAAUCUGGAAAAUAUGUGGCAAGUCAGGGGGAACUGUAUCACAGGGAAGGUUAUCGCUUUGCAAUGUUUUGCCUGUGGGACGCGAGCAAAGCUGCCCAGGAUAAUCGGGGGAGUAGAAGCCACGCUGGGCAGGUGGCCCUGGCAGGUCAGCCUCUACAACAGCAACCGUCACACCUGCGGAGGCUCUCUCAUCACCAGUCAAUGGGUAGUCACAGCUGCCCAUUGUGUGCACAACUACAGGCUACCACAGGUAUCCAGCUGGGUGGUCUACGCUGGUAUUGUCACCCGCAACUCGGCUAAAAUGGCUCAGCACAUAGGAUACCCUGUGGAGAAGAUCAUUUACAAUAAGAACUAUAACCACCGAAGCCACGACAGUGAUAUAGCUCUGUUGAAACUGCGGACCCCGCUGAAUUUUUCAGACACAAUUAGGCCCAUCUGCUUGCCUCAGUACGACUAUGAUCUUCCAGGAGGUACCCAGUGCUGGAUCUCUGGAUGGGGGUACACACAGCCUGAUGGUGUUCAUUCACCUGACACUCUAAAAGAAGCGCCAGUUCCCAUAAUGAGCACCAUGAAGUGCAACAGCUCCUGCAUGUACAACGGGGAGAUCACGCCACGGAUGCUUUGUGCAGGAUACACAGAAGGGGAAGUGGAUGCAUGCCAGGGGGACAGUGGGGGUCCUCUGGUUUGCCAGGAUGAAAACGUGUGGAGGCUGGUAGGGGUCGUCAGCUGGGGAACAGGCUGUGCUGAGCCCAACCAUCCAGGAGUUUACACUAAGGUGGCCGAAUUCUUGGGCUGGAUCUAUGACAUGAUUGAGAAUUACUGAGGAGGCCCAUGAAGCACAGCGGGGCGCUCCUGCUAUUACUGUUUACUGACAUAU